ACCGGAGCUCCUGGAGGAAACCCACACAGACACCGGGAGAACUCCGCACAGAAAGGACUCGGACUGCCCCACCUGGGGAUCGAACCAGGACCUUCUUGCUCUCUACAGUUUCUUCCCUUGUAAACAUAUCAACAUUCACAUCAACACUCUACCUCCAUGUCUGUGGCCCAAGUAUCAGAGAUGACGUCAGACCAGGAAGAGGCCUCCACUAGUGGGGAUUCCCCGGAGGUGGAAUGCCCCGUGUGCUACCAGGAAUACGAUCAGGACCGCAAGCUCCCACGCAUGCUGGAAUGCCUCCAUGUGUUUUGCACUGAAUGCCUUAAAAAGAUCCAGCUGUCACCCCUUCACCCACCUGACCCCAACAGCCCUCCUUCCAUCUCCUGUCCUCUGUGCCGCCACUCCACCCCACUAGAGUGGGGCAGUGUGCAAUCUCUGCCCUGCAACUCUCGCAUCCUUGCUCAGCUUCCUCCUGUAACCUUUCACCUGCCUGUGUCAGUUUCCACUCGGCUGGCUACUGUCACCCAGAGGGUGAUUCUGUCCCUGGAGUCCAGGGAUGCCAGAUUCAUUAUCCUACCCACUGUCAGCCUUCGGGUGGAGCAGAUGGGUGUAGGCUCGACUUCACCAGAGCAAAUAGAUGGCAGGGUGGAAGUCCUAGGGCACAGAAGAAGCUUGAUGUGCGUGCAGGUGCUGGUUGUGAUAUUUUGGAUGCUUUUCGUACUGGCCUGUGUGGUGGGGGUGCUGUUUGGCCCAAACUUGUUCCACAAUUGAUACAGACUGAGAAAAACCUUUUGCACCCAGUGGAUUUUAUAUACCUCUUUGUUAGGUAUAUGGCUAUAUCAGGCUUCACAUUAAAGAUGUUGAAAUGUGUCUAAGAAUUUGUGCACAUUUAGUCAAAAGAGAUUUUUGAUGCCAGGCACUAAUGAUGGGCAGGCCUGGGUUGCAAUUGACAUUCCAAUGCAUCUCAAAGGUGUUGAAAGUUAAAGUCAGGGUUCUGUGCAGGCCAGUGGAGUUCCUCUAUACUAGACUCAUCAAACCAUGUCUUUAUAGAAAUUGCUUUGUGCACAUGCCCAGUUAUGCUGAAAAAAAGAGCCUUUUCCAAACUGUUGCCAGAAAGUUGGCAGCAUAUAAUUUGUGUUAUGUAAUGGAUUAUUGUGAUUGAUUCACCUGCUAGAAACAAGUGUGGCUGAAUCUCCUGCACAUAAUUAAGCAGGUGUCCACUUACUUUUGGCCAUAUAAUGUAUUUGCUAAAGUUCUCACAUGAACAGAUCUGAACAUAAAACAUAAAUGUUAAACAGUAAAAAAUAUUUAGUGGCCUCCCCUGUGCCAUGUUUGUUUGUUUAUUAAGAUUUUAACAUCAUGUUUAAAAUUUUUUGGUUACAUUAAUGACAGGAAACGGUAGUUACUCAUUACCGAUUCAUCAAUUCACAAGGUUAUAUCGAACACAGUAAUGGACAAUUUUGUAUCUCCAAUUCACAUUACUAGCAUGUCUUUGGAUUGUGGGAGGAAACCGGAGCACCCAGAGGAAACCCACACAGACACGUGGAGGACAUGCAAACUCCACACAGAAAGGACCCGGAUCACCCCACCUGGGGAUCGAAACCAGGACCUUCUUGCUAUGAGGCAACAGUGCUACCCACUUAGCCACCAUGCCACCCCUGUGCCAUGUAAACAAGAGAAAAAACAGAGGUGGCAGGCCAUAUCCAACCAGUCAGCACAUUAAGGUGUUAAAUUAUCUGUUAAUUAUGUUUGUUUUAUGUGUUUGAAGACACCACCAACAAAAGGGGCUACAUUUGUUUGGUAGAAGUCUCAAGAUUGUCACUGUCACUGUUAUAGUAUAACAAAGCCUAAUCCUACAAAAAUCAUGUAUUAUUUGUUUAAAAUGUAUUUAAAUACACUGUUAAACUUGCAUAAUUACAUCCAU